AUGGCGGUCAAUGAGGACCUUCAACUCCCUUACACUAUGGACGUUCAUCAGCUUCGGAAUCCAUACCAAGCGAGUGUAUUACGCACAGAUGUAAACCGCGCAAUCUCUUCCUAUAUCCCUGAAAUUCUCGAUGAAUCGAUUCUUGCCAUGGAUGAGACUUUCAAGGUCUCCAAGGAUAGUGUUAUUGAUAUCCCGGUCUUCGAAACAAUGACCCACCUGAUUGCUCGAAUCAGCAAUCGUGUGAUCUUUGGCAUCGGGAUGUGUCGCAAUGAGCGAUUUCUUCACGCGGUUGUACGAUUUGCAGAAACGACACCUCUUAUGGCACCUUUCAUAAACUGGAGUCCCCAUAUCUUACGGCCGUUGGUCUAUUUUGUUUUGUCAAACAUUCUGGGAGGGAAAAAAGCUCCACUCAAAUAUAUCAUACCAUUUUUAAAUAACUAUCUAGAGGAGAGGGAAUCCAUGGACGAGAAGCCGAAUUUGGUCGCCGAAUUCUUGAUCAAGGGUGCCCCACCUCAGGAAACAGUCCUUGGCCUUGCGGUUCGAUUGUUGAAUCUGAACUUUGGAAGUAUUCACACAUCAUCCAUAUUUAUAACGCAAACCUUGUUCGAAAUUGCCCUGCUGCCACCCGAGGAUGUUGAGAGUAUCCGGACGGAAAUUCAGGAAGCUCUCGAGUCAGAAGGUGGUUGGACUAAAGGAGCGUUGCUGAAGUUCAGGAAAGUUGACAGCGCUCUCCGAGAAGUUGGCCGAUUUUAUGGAUUGAUGUAUUUUGCCCUCGGCCGCGUUGCUCUCGUAGGUUGUGAUCUUGGGGAUGGCACAAGUGUACCACCUGGAUGCAGAGUUGCCAUCGAUAUGAAAGCAAUACAUUUCAACCCGGAUAUUUACCCAAAUCCCGAAGUAUGCGAUUUGUUCAGAUUCUCAAAGUUACGUGCGGGAGAAUCCAGUGAUUCCAAGUAUGGUUUCGCUACCAUCGAUCCAAAUUACCUGCCUUUCAGUGCCGGCCGACAUGCCUGUGCUGGACGUUUCUUCGCAGCCAUGGAGUUGAAAAUAAUGGUGGCUCAUAUCCUAUUGAGAUAUGACGUUUCACUCCCUCCCGGCGCUACCUCACGACCCAAGAAUAUCAUUUUCAACGGUGCGAUCGUGCCGGAUCCGAAGGCACAUUUAAUCCUCACUCCGCGACGUUGA